AUGGACUUGGCGGCCUGCGAUCUUCAGAACUACCAGCUGGCACGCCAGCUGCACAUGCUGCCGCAGCUGUACGAAGUUUUUGUUUCGCAAGUGAUGUGCUACCCGCUCUUCUACCAGUCGCUGCACCCUGCUGUGCGACAGCUGGCACGCGCGAUCUUGCUGUCGCUGAAUCGGCGCUUCAGUGCCAGCGCCAGUACCACAGGGGAACUGCCUGUUGCACGGCGGUACCAUGUUGAUAACAUGCGCCUUGUUCUCUCUUUCCUUGCCUUCCCGGAGCACCACACCGAUCGAGGGAGUUGUGUGUCCCGCCUUGUUGGCGCCUCUCCACUCAGCAAGCUGGAGUUAGGCACACCAACGCAAGAGGCUGUCACCGCUCCCUCGGGGAGUCUUGAAGCCACAUCGACUUCCUUGACCCCGCAGCGCGCGGGCCCGGCCAUCGCCGCGACUACACUGGCAGAACUGCCGCUGUUGCCACAGGUAGUGGAAGACCCUCCCUCUGGACGGGUAUCCGGUAGUGCUUCCCCGGCCAGCAAGCCCGCAAAGCCACCCACGACCGCUGCUGUAGGUGCUGUGCUGGACUUUAUGUCGAAGGCGCUUUUUUUCCUCCGCCCGACCUCGACCACAGCCCACGCGCACUGCGCGGCUCCGCACUUUGGUGAAACACCGCACCUCUACGUGCGUAUGGUGCACCCCCACCAGCUUAAUGAGGAAUCGCUGAACACGUAUUUUGGCCGCUACGGUCAGGUGGAUGUUACGGCACUACAGCGAACACCUGUGCAGCAGUACGUGCAGUACCUUGGUGAGGCCGCCACCGAGGCGCUGCUCCAGCUCUUCCCAUCCACUGAGGCUAGUGACAUGCUCUACGUGCAGGACUUCAUCAUCACUGUCGACUCCCAUCAGAAUGCACUUCAUGCGGUUCGCCAUGCGUACUGCAAGGAGCUUGUCUGCAUAGCUUUUCACGACGCCACAGUGGGCGGGGGCAGCAACACCCACUGCUUGGCAGACGUGAACAACUGGAUGCGGCAGCACGCGUUUGUGUGGCGUCUCCAAGCCGACCCUCGCGUCAUCGCAAGUGCAACGUCGGCCGCUGUCGCGCUUUCCUCCGCAGCGUCUGAGAAACGGCGCAAGCGCGCGCGAGCGCAGCCCCGUCGGAGGAGGCGGAAGAUGAAGCGCCGCUCUGUCUUCGGUAUCGCCGCUGACGACACGUCUGGCGGCUCCGCCACAUCGUCCACGUCUUUAUCAGAGGAGGAAGGCGCUGGCAAGUAUGUGGGCAGAAGCGACAGCAGCAGUUCUGACUCGUCCUCCUCCUCCUCCUCCACGAGCGAGAGCGACAGCGCAGAGGCCAAUUUGGCGGGAUUUGUACCAGACGUUGUGCUCGACGGCUUCCCGUACUGGACAACGGAAGACCAGCUGAAGGUGCUGCUGCAGCAAUACGGCACCGUCUCGGAGCUUCGACUCUCCGUGGACGACUUGUCUGGCGCUUUCACCGGCUGUGCACUGGUGCGCAUGGCGUCUGUGGAGGAGGCGCUGACCCUUUCGAGGGCGGUGCACAAUACCCUCUACCGUGGCUAUUCUCUCAUCAGUGGCGUGGUGAACGAGCGACUGGAGGUGGUGGCGCUCGAGGAUAGCCGGGAGGUGCGCUUGCCGGCCCCUCCAGGCCAAGUGCCACUCGACGUCAGGAUGAACGAGCGUGUCUGGGUUUAA